AUGGGGGCCAAGACUAGAAACAAAAAUCGCAAGACAAGCAAAGUUGGAAACGAUUGCACACAGGUUACCAGAGAUGUGCAUCAAGCAGCAGCCGUGGGCAAUGCCAACCUCUUGGAACAUCUGUUAUGGACAAAGAAAGAGGAGAUUAAAAAGCAGGACAGGUAUGGCUGCACACCACUUCACCUGGCAGCGAUGGGUGUACACCUAAGAUGCUGUGAGAUCCUCUUAAAAAUGAGUACCAAGGAAGUUAACAUUCCAGACAAGCUUGGCAACACCCCUUUAAUGCUGGCUCUCACAACUGGCAGUACUUCCCUGGAGAUCACGAAGCUUCUUCUGUCCCACAAGGCAAAGGUUGACAUCUCCAAUCAUGCAAAUCUAACACCACUGCACAUUGCAUCCGAGAAAGGAAAUUUGGAAAUUUGUAAGAUAUUGGUUGAGAAGAAUCCGAAAAACAUUGACGCCGUCAGCAAAGAAAAACAAACUCCCCUGUAUUUUGCGGCCCAGAACGGCCAUGCAAGAGUUUGUUCCUUCUUAGCUGAGAAAGGAGCAAGCAUCGAAACCAAGGAUGUACAGGAAUACACAGCACUUCACAUUGCUGCCAAAAUGGGUUUCACCGAAUGCUGCAGCCAGCUUCUCUAUUUCGGUUCCUCAGUUAAUAGCACUGAUAAAAACGGCAACACCCCACUCCAUUUACUGUUAUCUUCUGGGAAAAAUAAGGAAAACUGCAUAGAGCUUCUCUGCAAAAAUGGAGCUAAGGUGUCGGCCAAAAAUAAGAAAGGAGAAACGCCUUUGCACAUUGUCCAGAAUGCUCGAAAUAACAUGUUGGUGAAAUUACUCUCUUACGAGUUUGAUCCAUUAGUCAGAGACGAUAAAGGCAAAACAAUCUUUCAUUGGGCGGCAGUCAAAAGAAAAACAGAAAACUUAGAGACCAUAUUGAAACUAAAGACCCAAGGCCUAGAUUCACUCAUAAAUACCCAAGAUGUUGAUGGGCACACAGCACUGCAUAUAGCCAUCAAACAUGGGAAUGAGGAAGCAUGCAAGAUCCUAUUAAAGUCCGGUGCAGAUGGUAAUGUUGUCUGCGAGUGCCACGGUACUGCCCUUCAUAUGGCUGCUGAGAAUGGACUACAUGAUAUUUGUGACAUACUUUCAAAAUAUGUAAAAGUUAACUCAAGGAACAUACAUCUUCAAACUCCACUCCAUUUGGCAGCUAUGGCAGGGCAUGAGAAAUGUUGUCAAACCCUUAUAAGUCGCAAAGCCGUAUUUGCUGCAGAAGACAAAGACGGAAACACACCACUUCAUCUUGCUGCAAAGAAUGGCAAUGCUGCAUGUUGCAAGGUUAUGCUGCAGUCACAACCUGGUUUGGUCAACAGGAAAAAUGCAGAAGAGAAAACUCCAUUACAUUAUGCAGUAGAAAAGAAAUCCCUUGAGUGCUGUAGGGAGUUAGUUGUACCCAAUGCAGAUAUUUGGACCUCGAGUUCCAACAUUCCAAGUGCUAUUAAGAUGGCAUAUGACAGACGUUGUCAAGACAUUUUCACCUUCCUACUCCUGUCAGAGAAUGUGGUCGGCAGAUAUCACCUUCCAAUAGACAUCGACAUUCAAGAAAUUCUUCUCAAGCAAUUAGAGUUAGAAAACAGCGAGAUGGUGUCAACUAUUCUUGAGAGUAAAUUUGGCGAAGAGUGUUUGCUCCCUCGUUAUAUUUCUGGAGACUCCUUCUACAGUCAGAACGACAGCUUCAGGCUUUUGGUGCAGAAGAUGCCUCUCCUUGCUCAGAAAGCACUGGACGCUUGCCAGCCUGACGGUGACGUUGACUCUUGGACUGGAGAGAAGAAGAAAUUAAUUGUGCACUAUCUGGACGAAGUAUACAUUAAAUAUGAUGAAUCCUCUAAAGUGGCCAAAGGUGGACCGCCUUGUGUAACCCCAAUAAAGGAUGCAUACCAGAGAGUACUUCAAGAUGAUGGCCGGCUUAAGCCAGACGUGUGCCUCGGGGGAAAUGUGGACAGUGCAUGGCAAAGGGACCAUGUGCUGUCCUGGAUGCUUCGCUAUGGUCGAGAGGACCUAGUGAGCCAUCCCGUGGUGACCUGUUGGCUCAAUUACAAGUGGGACAAGUAUGUCAGAUAUGGACACUACAUAUCUGUUAUUCUUGCUCUGCUCUUGGCAAUUUUGCUCACUGUCUUCAAUUCUGUUUCCGUGGACUGGGCAAUGAUGGAAACAAAAUUUUCUGCGCCAAUAACUCGAGAGAUAGUAUGUGUUAAUUUCACCGCGGGACCCGAAGUCGUACCUUACAUGUUGAAUGAAGGUCGUUCUGCCCAUAUGUUAGGCUGGGUUAUAACGGUCUUUAUAAUAUUACUGAUGAUCUUGGAAAUCUACAGAGGUAUUAAGUUAAGGCUACGGUACUUCAAGACACUGACAAUCAUUUACUGGAUGUGCAUGGUGAUGAGUUUCCUCUUUGUAGGAAAUUACACAUCCUGUUCAUUUCAAACCCAUAUUCGAGAGGACAUCCAGUGGUUGGCUGGUCUCGCAGCCAUCAUCCUGGCGUGGCUCUACCUCCUUGUCCUCGCCUGGAUACACCCACGCAAUCCCUUCGCCUUCAACUUCAAGAGGUUCUUCCGAGCCGUGCUGGCCAUCGUCCCUCCCUUGGCGAUCGUGGGAGUCGCCAUCCACGCCGUGCACGAAAUCGGGUCGAAGGGCAGCCUCACUUACUCGGACAAGUGGCAGGUCUUGGUGAACAGCUUGGUGUCCGUGCCGAUGAUGGCGACGGCGGUGGUCGUGGGCCUGGCCGCCUUCAUAUACCUGGACGCCGUCAGUUCCGGCCCGAAGCGCGACCGUAGUUUUGCCGAAGGGAACAUCUGGAUGACCUUGGAAUUUGACAUCCUCUACCCUUUCCUGAGGAAGAGGUUCUACGCCUACUGGAUCGACAAGAUGCCAAAGGAGCGCGCUAGGGACAGUUUCAAAAACCUGUGGAGAAUUUUGGAGUGCAGGAAUGACGACGACUCCAAGGACUCAUCCUGGAGGGAACUGAAGGAUACCGAAGCGAAGAUGCAAGAAAUGAGCAUCACGCUGAAAAACAUAGAACAAAUGUUGAAGGAGAGAAAAAAAGAAUCCUAGAUGAUGAGAAGGGCAAAUAGAGAAAAGUAUAUUCGUCCUUCUAAACUGUAUAUUUAUGUGCAGUAUUACUGAAAAUAAGAAGACACACUGAAGCCCUAAGAACAAGGUCCCAUAGCAUAUAAUACGUAUGUGUAUAUUUGAUUCUUUGUUUGGACAUCUCAAGAUAAUGCUAUGAUGUAAGAGUAUGGGGCAUUUUAAGCCUUUUCUUUAAACAUCGUAUAUAAUCAGUGAUACUUGAUAAAUGCUGAAAGUGGUACCAUAACAUUGCGCCAAUCAUCUGCCAAAUCAGUUCAAUGUUAUCGUUAAAUAAGAGGAAAAAAUAUUAAUGAUUCUCUUUGCACAUGGAGUCUGAUUCUUUAUUCUAGUAUACGAUGUUUUUUUCGUGUAUACACACACAUUCACUCACACACUCACUCACACACACACACACACACACACACACACACACACACACACACACACACACACACACACACACACACACACACACACACACACACACACACACUCACUCACUCCCUCACUCACACACUCACACACACAGACACUUAUAGAUAGAUAUACAGUAUAUAAUUCUCUUUGUUUGAAGGAUUUUUUAAUCAUUGAUAAAUUUUGAUCUAUCAAUAUUGUCUUUCUCAAGUGUUGAAUUGUUGCCCGUUAAUUAUGUUUGCAGAUAACCCUCAUCAGCAUACUGAAUGGAUUUAACUCGUAUUGCUGAUUAACCAAAUGUCCUUGUCAUGUCCUUGGAGCUGAUGCUGCUCGACUGCCUACCAAACUGUAUUCAUUUUCGUUUUCAUUGUUGGCCAUUGUCUGCUCGAGAUCAUACACAGAUUGAAAGAGACAGCUGUACGUGGAAGUUAAGCGAACCCUAAUAAACCACGCUGGUCACAGCUGACUUUUUAUUGCAGAGUGCAGUCGGGUUUCCGGGUCAUAGCAGUAGAUCCAGCUUUCAUCACAGGUCACCAGAGCCAUGAGUACUCUUGGAUUUGAAUCGAUAAGCUCGACCAUCUCCCAGGUGCCGUUAACACGUCGUUCCUUCUGUUCGUCACUGAGCAGCCUUGGGACAAACCGUGCAAAUCUUUCGCAUGUUCAGUUCAUCAUUAAUAAUUUUGUGUACAGUUCCCACAUUGACUUCAAAUUAUUCACUUGUUGUCUCUUUUGACACUCGAGGGUCCUCGUCCAUAAAAGUACGAAUUUUCCCCACCAGCUCCGCCGUUAAACUUUUUGUGCCAACGAAACACGGAUGCUCUGCCCAUAAUCCAUAAGCAGUCUGAAGCAGUUCAUAAGCCUGCGUAGCGUUCUUUCCGAGUUUUAUAGCGCAUCGCGCUUCCAAAGUGUCCUCCCGUCCCGACUGCAUUCUGCAAAAAAGUCAGCUGUGAUCAGUGUGUUUUAUCAGGGUUCGCUUAACUUUCACGUACAGCCGUCUCUUUCAACCUGGAAUAACAAAAAAUGGUGUGUUAUCUCAUUAAAUAAAUGGUAAUGACAGAA